CUGUGCUGCCCUGCCACCCCUGGGACUGGUGUUUGGCCCCGUCCUUUUGACUCAAAGGAAGCUCCCUUCUGCAGAUUCCUGAGCUGGGCAGUGACAGUGAAGCAGAGAGCUCUUGGUGGUGCUCAGUGCUGCAGCUGUGGGCUUCUGUUGCAAGCCUACCUGCAGAAUCAAGGACAAACAGCUUUGGAGCCCUCUUUUCUUGGACUCCUCUGGGAUCUGGUGGCAGGACCCAGCAUCCAUGGCAGCAGGGGAGGCGUCCUGGGAUGUGCCGGAGGCGGCAGCUGUGCAGAGGGCUGCAGAUGAUGACUCAGACCACAGCCACCCAGACGAGGACAGCUUGGAGGAGCUGGGUGUGCAGGACCCUGAGUUGGAGGCCAUCAAAGCCAGAGUGCGGGAGAUGGAAGAGGAGGAUAAGAGGCUGAAGGAGCUGCAGCUGGAGGCUGAGAGCUGCCUCCUCAUGGGCUCAGAGGCAGGUCUGUUCCACAGGAUGACUGAGGGGAAGGUGGAGGCUGACCAACGAUCCAUCUAUGUGGGCAAUGUGGACUACGGGGGCACAGCAGAGGAGCUGGAAUCUCACUUCAACAGCUGUGGACGGAUCAACCGCGUGACCAUCCUCUGCGACAAGUUCUCAGGGCAUCCCAAAGGGUACGCAUACAUUGAGUUUGAGCAGAAGAGCUCUGUGAAGGCAGCGGUGGAGUUGGACGAAAGCAUAUUCAGGGGCCGUGUCAUUAAGGUGCUGCCCAAGAGAACCAACAUGCCGGGUAUCAGCAGCACGGACCGUGGCGGCCGCCGGGGCCGCUUCCAAGCCCGGGGAGGGCUGAUCCCACGCUGGGGGUACUACGGGGGGCAGCCCCUGAGGCUGCGGGGGAGGACUUACAGGGGUCGAGCCAGGCUGCUGCCUUGGUAUUUCCCAUACUAGAAAGAAGAAAGACUGUGCUGCCCUGGAGAUGCCAAUGGGACUGAAGAGAUGGGAUUGGAGAGAUUUAAAAACAAACAAAUGCCUACCCAAGCCAAAAAAAAGAUUAAUUUUUAAAUGCCAUCUGCCUGCCCUGGGGAUUACUGGUGGCAGCCGAGUGCUGUGCAGCUGGAGCUGGGCGCGAGGGGGAAGACUGGAUCUGCUCUGCUGGCAUCCUGGGAGCCAUCUCCUUAUCUUAGGGCUUGUUUUUAAAGGGGAAACUCUGUGUUAAAAAAGGCAGGCUGGGAGACCACCAUUACAAUGUGAAGAUCUGCGUCGCAAUCUGUUUUAUUAUGGAAUUCUCAUGCUAAUCUUUCAGGAUCCUUGGUUAGGUUUCUUCUAGCCUGGAUGAACCGACUCCUAAAGCAGCUUUUCACAGCUCAGGGCACUGCCAGACUAAAAGUCCCACAGAGUUUUGUUUUCCUUAGGACUUCAGGAUAUACCUAUGUCUGCUUUAAGGCUCAGAGCCUGAACUCUUGUGUUGGUUUUGUGCUUGGUCCAUUGUGGGCUGUGCUGCUGAGGCUGGCCUUGGUUUCUCAGUCUGAGAGACCCUUGGGCUCAGGCUACGAAAGUGGCUUCUUCAAGGGCUCUGAGCUUUCCUUUAGUAGGUUUGUUAAUUAUAGAGGCUUAAUUUGUUUUAAUAAAAAACUACUUUGGAGUGUCUGGAUUGCUUUGUGAUGAGUUGAGGAAUAGGAAAUGCUGAACUCUUGUCUCUGUGAGUGAGAGGAGUGAAGGCUUUUAAAGGAAACUAACAGCAUAGCAGGGUACCGCUGUGCCUUGGUUAGAUGGUGGGAGGGGGUGUGGAUGCUUUCAUCUCCCAUUAUUUCAGAUAAAAUAAUGUUAAUUAAAUGGAUUUAAGUUGUUUAAUGUCACUUAUUUUAAAAAUAAAUGAUCCUGCUGUGUGAACUUCA